CGCUUUCACAGUGUUUCAUUAAUAUUGUUUUCUCUUCUAACUCUUCAUUACCUCUCAUCAUCAAUUCCUUCCAUGGAAUUCGCAUCUUCAUCAUCCAAACUCCCACGGAAGUACGAUGUGCUCAUCAACUUCGAUGGGGAAGAAAUAGGCAGGAAAUUUGUUUCUCAUCUCGAUUCUGUUCUCUCUGCUGUUGGACUCACCACUCUCCUUCAUUACGACAAUGCAGUGAAGUCAACGCACAUCCAACAACCGAUUCUCAAUCUGUGUCGGAUAGUAAUAGUUGUUUUCACCAAAACAUAUUCUGAAUCUGCUUGGUGUCUUCAUCAGCUUCAACAAAUCAUCGAAUGGCACCAAACUUAUUGCCGACAUGUUCUGCCUGUAUAUUAUGAAAUUCAGCCCUCUGAUGUACGUCUUCAGAAGGGUGAUUUUGGAAAGGCCUUCAAAGCAACUGCACAACGAACAUUUUCAGAACAGGAACUGGAGCAUGGCAUGUCCAGGUGGAGCCACGCACUAACCAAAGCUGCAAAUUUCUUUGGAUGGGAUGAGAGCAAUCACAGGAGUGAUGCUGAACUAGUGGACAAAAUAGUUAAGAGCAUUCUUAAUUUAUCAGCUUUGUCUGCUACUAAAUUCCCAGUUGGAUUACAAGACCGAGUGGAAUUACUAAUUCUAGCUAUAAACAAUAAGUCCAAGGAAGUUUGUACAAUAGGGAUAUGUGGAAUGGGAGGAUCGGGUAAAACCACCCUUGCCAAAGCCAUCUACCAUCAAAUUCAUGGUAGAUUCAUGCAGAAAAGUUUCAUUGAAGAUAUUGCACAAGUUAGUGAACCAAGAGGGCGUAUUCAUUUACAGGAACAACUUCUUUCAGAUAUCCUAAACACAAAGGUGGAGAUACAUAGCGUUGAGAUGGGAAGAAAUAUGAUUCGGGACAGACUUUUUCAGAAAAGGGUGCUCAUUGUACUUGAUGAUAUGGAUGACUAUCUUCCAUUAUUAGAUCUAAGGAAAAGUCGUUCAUGGUUAAGUGAAGGAACUGUCAUAAUCAUGACAACAAGAGACGAAGACCUACUGAGGAAACAUCAAGUUGAUUCUGUUUUUCGGACAAAUCUAAUGAAUGAAAAGGAGUCCCUUGAGCUUCUUAGUUGGCACGCAUUUAGAGAACCAAAACCAAAAGAAGAAUACGAUUACCUUGCAAGAAGAGUAAUUUCUUGUUGUGGAGGACUGCCUCUAGCUCUUGAAGUCAUUGGAAGUACUUUAUUUGAAAGGACAGAAGAGGAAUGGCAUAGUAUAUUGUUUGAAUUAGAGGAAACACCCAUGUACGAUGUUCAACUGAAAUUGAAAAUAAGCUUGGGUGGUUUACGCAAUCAAAUGGAAAGAGAUUUAUUCCUUGAUGUAUGCUGUUUCUUUGUUGGUAAAAACAGAGCCUAUGCUACGAAGAUCCUAAAUGGCUCGGGAGUAGAUGCUGAUAGUGGAAUAAGAGUUCUUAUGGAGCGUAACCUCAUUAAAGUUAAAAGGAAUAACAAAUUAGGAAUGCAUCCUUUGCUACAACAAAUAGGAAUAACAAUUUUUCAACUAAAUUCAACAGAAAUACGACUGUUGUAUGGUGAUGUUAUAGAAUAUGCCUUGAAGGUGAAUACGUCACAGGGGAGAAAAGACUCUGAGCUAUUGCCUGUGAGAUUGCUUUCAUCUAUAAGAAAACCAUCAAGACUGCCGAACGACGUUGAAAAUUCUGAGAACCUUUCUCAGAAAUUGAGAUGGAUUAGUUUGCAUGGGUGUUCUUCAGAAUACAUACCUUUCGCCUUUAAUGUCCACGAUACAAUAACGAUUGAUCUAAAACACAGUCUUCUUCGAUUCUUUUGGGGAGAACCCCAGGUUUUGAGAUCGCUAAAAGUACUUAACCUUAGUCACUCCAUGUACUUGACAGAAACACCUGACUUUUCUAGACUACCAAGUCUUGAACAACUCAUUCUAAAAGAUUGUCCGAGAUUACGCAAAGUACACAGAUCUAUUGGACAUCUCUGUUAUCUUAUACUGCUUAAUUUGAAGGACUGUAAAUGUCUAAGCAAUCUCCCCAGAGAGAUAUAUAAGUUGAAAUCUUUAAGAACUCUUAUCCUCUCUGGGUGUUCCAAGAUUGGCCGAAUGGGAAAAGAUAUAGUGCGAAUGAAAUCCUUGAUAACUCUAAUUGCUGAAAAUACAGCAGUCAAACAAGUGCCCUUUUCAAUUGUAACUUCAAAAGCUAUUGGAUAUUUGUCCCUACCAGGAUUUGAGAGAUUGUCAUGUAAUCUUUUUCCUUCAAUCAUUAUUCGGUCUUGGAUGUCGCCAACAAUGAAUCCUGUAUCCUAUACUUAUUCAUUGAGCAUGGAUAUAGAUAAUAGCUGGGAUGAUAUUGUGCCAUUGCUUGGUAGCUUGGCAAAUCUUCGAAGUGUUUUGGUACAAUGUGACACCGAGUUUCAGCUAUCUAAGCAAGUACAAAACAUUCUGGUCGAAUAUUUUUCAAAUAUUACAGAAUCAAGAAUUUCAAAGCAGCACUUUAGGUCUUCUUUGAUUGGUGUUGGAGCAUACUAUGAAUUCUUCAAUGCUGUCAGCGGUAACAUAUCUGAGGUAUUGGCAAGUAGGGAAUCUUGUGAUGUCUCUCUUCUAGGUGACAACCAUCCUUAUUGGUUAGCCUAUAUGGGUGAGGGAGAUUCUGUUUCUUUCACUGUGCCUCCACAUAAUGAUGUGAAAGGAAUGAUUUUGUGUGUUGUUUAUUUAUCAACCCUUGAAAUUGAGGCAACUGAAUGUCUUAGAAGCGUCUUAAUUGUUAAUUACACAAAGUGCACAUUCCAUAUACACAUGCAUGGCACAGGAAUUUCCUUUAAUGAUAUUGAUUGGGAAGGUAUAAUGUCAAACUUUGGAUAUGGAGACAAGGUGGAGAUUUUUGUGACAUUUGGUCAUGGAUUGGUGGUAAAGAACACAUUUGUCUAUCUUAUAUAUGGUGAAUCAAAUUACUUGGAAAAAGAGCCUACACCACAGAAAAACUCUGUCCUUAGAUUCAUAAAGAAAAUUGUAGAGUAACUUCUCAUAAGUCAUUUAUCUUCUUUGAGAAGUGCAUGAUCCCUUUAGUUAUGGAAUUAAUCUGUGUCCUUCAUUGAAAUUCAUUUUUUUUCCAUCCUUUCCUUGUUUUUCCUUAGAGUAUAGCUUAUAGUUUAGAAAUUCAGGUUCACUUUAUCCUGUUUCUCACUCCUCACAUUGUGCUUUCUCGCUUCACUUGAGCUGUUUAUUGUAUUUGUUUUCUUGUUA